GUACCGACCGGAGCCUCCAGUCGAAUACUAAAAUCGACAGAAAUGUACCAAACCCGUGUUAACAGUGGCCUCUCGAAACGGAAUUGAUCGAUAGACACAGGAUCGUUGCGGUACAGGAUCGGAAACUAAGGGAUGUCACCGCUUAUUAAACUACUGCGGCGAUGGCGCCGACAAGCCGCAGGGGAGGCGACAGCCGAGGAGGAAACGGGCGAAGAGGCGGGAGGAACAACAGCAUCGCCCGGCACCGAAACGCCCACCGUCGCAGCCACCACAGAGACGAUGGCCGAGAAAACAGCAGAGAUCGCCCACAAGCUCAACCUGGAGACGUGGCAACUGGUCGCGAUUCUUGUGGGGGUAGCGGUCGUUGUCCUCGGCAUCUGCUUCUGCUGCAUCAGACGAUGUUUCCGCAAGAGGCGGUCCAAAGACGGCAAGAAGGGCAUGAAGGGCGUCGUCGACCUCAAAUCCGUCCAGCUCAUCGGCUCAGCCUACAAGGAGAAGGUUCAGCCGGAUAUGGAGGAGCUCACCGAAAACGCCGAGGAACCAGACGACGGCGACUCCAAGAAGGAAGAACAGAAACUAGGGAAGCUACUCUAUAAGCUCGAAUACGAUUUCAACAGCAACAGUCUCUCCGUGACUGUGAUCAAAGCAGAAGAUCUUCCCGCUCUAGACAUGGGAGGAACUUCUGAUCCCUACGUAAAGGUCUACUUACUUCCCGAUAAGAAAAAGAAAUUCGAGACCAAGGUCCAUCGGAAAACUCUCAGCCCCGUCUUCAACGAAACAUUCGUCUUUAAGAGCGUGCCAUACGCCGACGCGAUGAACAAAACGCUAGUGUUCGCGAUCUUCGACUUCGAUCGGUUCUCCAAGCACGACCAGAUCGGCGAGGUGAAGGUACCGCUGUGUCAGGUGGACUUGGCGCAGACCAUCGAGGAGUGGCGCGAGCUGCAGAGCGUGGAAGGCGAAGGGGGGCAGGACAACAAGUUGGGAGACAUUUGUUUCUCCCUGCGAUACGUGCCCACGGCCGGCAAGCUCACGGUCGUCAUCCUCGAAGCCAAGAACCUCAAGAAAAUGGAUGUCGGCGGCCUAUCAGAUCCGUACGUAAAGAUAGCACUCAUGCAAAACGGCAAACGACUCAAGAAGAAGAAGACAAGCAUCAAGAAAUGCACACUGAAUCCCUAUUACAACGAGUCAUUUACUUUUGAAGUACCAUUCGAACAAAUACAGAAAGUGAAUCUAGUGGUAACGGUGGUGGAUUACGAUCGCAUCGGCACGUCGGAGCCGAUCGGGAAGGUGGUGCUGGGGUACAACGUGCAGGGCACGGAGCUCCGCCACUGGUCUGACAUGCUGGCCAGCCCGCGGCGCCCCAUCGCGCAGUGGCACACGCUCAAAGAUCCCGACGAUGGAGAGAAGAAGGACUAAGCUGUCUCAGGAAAUCAUCGGUUUCCGUAACGUUGAAGAAGAUCUACGACUUCCGAGAGAAGACGAACCAUCUUACCGAACGAGGAGUAUUUUAGUUCGUAUUAUAAAUUUAAAUAUUUUGCUAGUUACAAAGGUAUCCAGGAUAAUUUGAAUGAGAAAGUAUAAACUUUAUAUUAGAUACGUCAAUAUUUUUCGCUAUUGCGUCGGCGGCUAUAAAAUUGGCUGUUUAAUGUCGUUCCUUUGUUUAUAAAUAAAUAUGGCUUAAUUAAGUAGGUGUUUACCUAUUGGCUAAGUAUUUUCAACAACUUAGAUACCUACUUGCAAAAUAUUUGAAAAACUUUUCAAUAUAUUAUCCUGAAUUCCAUCGUAUCCUAUAACAAAAUCUGGAUGUACAGAGGAAUGAUAGGUGUAUCGGAUGAAUGGGGGUUAAAUCAUGAUUUUGUCAGUUGAUGUCAUAAAAAGGACUCUUUGAAAUUAGUAACUUAUAAAUACUUUAAAAGAAAUUGAGAUGUUUUGGAAACUUGGUUUUGGAAACCUUUUUAAUGCCGAUUGAUUUCAUUUUAUGUUUUUCAAUGAAAUUAAAUUCCAAGAUAUAAAGCCGAUAGACCUUAGUCGGAAAUGGUCUUUUAUGUCGACGUAAAUAAUACUCGUAUAAGUAAAUUGUUGUGAAACCGGCGGGGAUAGUGCGGAGUAGGGAUCAUAGUCCGGUAGACCCCCUUACUUCCACGAUAGCGUACGAACUUGAAAAGAAAGCCCUACUACUGCGAUACGUUGAGUCCAGAGCUGGUGAAUACGCCUUGCUGCGCAAAUGUUCGUAAAAGUAUCUUUUAACUGAUGUUACGCCGGGAAUGCAAAAGCGGUGCAUUUGCUAGGUUUGGAUAUUUCUUACCAACUUAAAACGCGGAUAUAUUAUAAAUCCCUGUAGUAAAUAUCUACUAGGUACUAUUUGAAAUGGUGUGGUAGAUUUAUGAGGCCUACUAGCACUAACGUCUAAAAUACACAAUGUCAUCUCUCUCACUCGUAGAUGUUUUACGAGUGACAAAGAUGAUAUAAACGUUAGUGCUAGAGGCAUGGAAGUUUGGGCUUUCGUGUGACAUAGUUUUAAGUGGAAAGAUUCACUUGAAUUGCCUAUUUGUAUAUUUAUUUCGUGUAAUACGCCGGGUUGCGGGACUUGCGGGCCAAUAGACCUAAAUUCUGUUGACUAGAGACUAUGUAUUUGUUACGUAAAUUAAUUUACUUACCUAAGAAGCAUUUCUUGAAAAGCUGACACUUACCUGUAAGAAAAUAAACAGGCAGGUAGCUCUAACUAAGCAAAAUAUACAUAGGCAGUAUUGGUGCCUAUAUCAGAUUGUUUUUAGAGACGGGUGACAUGGGGUAAAACUUCUAAAACCACCUAUACAAAUUAUGAUUAUUUAUGUAUAAUCUAAAAACCUAGGAUGGUUCUCUUACUAAAUGCGUAAAUGGAAGUGAUAGUGGGAGAGAGGAUGCUCCACUUGAAUACCAAACUAACUUGUUUUAUCUGUUUUAACUAUUACACUAAACUUUAAUACCUAUACUCGUAUCUCAGAUAAAAAGUUCAACGCCCCCACAGUAAAACUUUGUAACGCCAAGAUUGGAUGCAAUGUGCUACGACAACUCUACGACUUAGCCCGUAGCAAGUGGCAAUCCAUAUAGACAAAAAAGAUCUAUCUGCCCCUAGCGCAGAAUUAGCAUUCAGAUUUUUACUAAAUCAUAUUUAAUGUUAACUCACAGUGAAUUUUAAUAAGAAGUGAUGCGAUGCGACAGCAAUUUGAAUUCUGAUUUUUUUUUCAGUGCGUAAUUUUAUCAUCUGAAUCGCGACGCAUUAGAAUCAGUAUCAAAUAGCUGUGUUUGAAUAAUACAUAUAUAAAUAAUUAAUGUAAGUAUUUUCUCAAAACAUAAACAUUCAACAGAGUUAUAGGUCUUUGCCCCGUCGACCUCGCACUAAAAUAUUUAUGACGUACCUACUAUGACUAUGUAAAUAGUUACAUCGUGUUAAAUUUACAACAUUCUAUUUUACUAUCGUAAGUGUUAUAGUAUUGAUACCCUUUUAUUAUGGUAAAGUUCCUCCAUGAACGAGAAAGUCCUUAUAUUUGUUUGGAUUUACAGACCCAUAAAAAUCUCAUGAAAAUAGGAAAGAUUUUACGAAAAUUUCUUACGAAUAGGACCGCGUUUCAUGGGAUUUGACUAAAAACGGUAAUAACAUAAAGAGCCUUUGAGAUAUAUGUAUGUGCAUAAAUCUAAAUAGCUUAUCAUAAGAUCCUUAAGAUAAGCUUAUACAGAAAUACCUCACUAUCACAAAAUCAGGAGUAGGUAACAGAUUUCCAAGAAACUGCUCUUACAUAAAAAUAUUUUUUGUCAUUUUUGUUUUGGAUUAUUUCUCUUUCUGUGAGGAACAAUUAGGCCUAUUGAAUUUAUCUUUUAAUUUUAAGUCAUUUCAUGACAUUCCCAUGCUAUUAUCUAACUAAAAUCGUUCAAUUUUAAUUUAUGUUAGUUAAUUUAAUCCAAGUACCUAACUGCAUUAUGUUCGCAAAAAAAAUCGUUUAAUAGAUAAUUACAAAGCAAAUGGCGACUCAUAACCGUGGAUCAUCGAAACUAGUCAAAUUUACUUCUAGACCACGAUAAUAAACUUAAACUGUAUUGUUAAAUAGUUAGAAUGUAAUUACUGAUUCCUUACAAUAAUGAUUCAUUGUUAGACUGGUUUAUUUAUAUUUAUUUAAGCGUUUGUAAUCAUAAGUAACUAUUCCAUUUUUAACUCACCACAUCAUAUCCAACUUUAAAGAGAUGCAGCUAUAUGUCAGAAAGAGAAGACUAUAUUUGUAUCUUACACUAGUGUGACUAGAUCUCAUUCCAUCGGACAGUUGAGAUAUGUAUUAAAAUCUCAACGUGACGUCUGAUAAAUGAAUCAAAUAUAACUUAUACCUAGCUAAAGCUUGACUGUUGUUGAUCUCAAACCUAUGUGUUAUCGUGUAUAUAAUGUAAUCACAUGUUAAAUUUCACAAUCACUUUAUAUCUAUGUAUAGGAGUAAUGAGAGGGCUUCAAGUACUUUAGCUGUGCACCAACACGAAACAAGUAGGAAUAGACGAGGUUCCAAGUGAACAAUAAAUAUAACUAUUGUUAAUAUAGAUUGUACAGCCACCCAAGCAGAUUCACCUUACACAAAUAAUAGACUAGUUAUUUUUAAUUGUUUUUUUUUUACUUGGGUUACCUACUCUGUUUAGAUUGGUGUGAAGGUGAAUGUGUUGGGGUCAUUCCUAUUAAAAUUAUCAAGGCGCGCCAGAACAGCGGUCGGGCCUCAGUAGUAUGACAAUAUGGACAUUCAGCGCUAUUUAUGAAAUUUUGUAAUCGUAAUGGUAAAUUGCAAUAUGUGAAUAAUCUUUAAUAUAAAACAACACUUUGAAAUUAUAGAUGAGACAUUUGUAUUUUGAAGCUGUUUAUGUCCGUGGUCUUCUUAUAUUAAAUGGGGACAAUUAUAUCUGUCAACAUUAUUUCAAGUAGGUGUACUUCAAUACCUUUAAAUUAAAUAUUGUACAUGUUGGUAUUGGUGUGUUGAGCAGUUGUAAUAUUACUUGCUGUUUGUUACAAAAUUUAAAAUUAAAAUUUGCUGAACUAGAAUUGUAUAAAUGUAACCAAAACUUAAAAAUAUGGUUUACUGUAACUUGGUUGAAUCAAAAUCAAAGCAGGGUUUAUAUAUUCAUUAACGAGUCAUCUUGCACUGCACAUAAUACCCUAUUUGCUGAUUCCUUUUACAUGUCAUUGUCAUCAGUAUUGUUAUUGUAGCCCUAAAGAGGUAUAUAUAUUACUAAAAAUUGAUAAACUUAUCAUAUCACUUGCCACUUAAAUAAAAAUCAUUAUUGGUUUGUGUUGCGUUUGUUUACAGUUUUUGUAGAAAUUAUAUAGAAUUUUGUUAUAAAACAUAUUAUAAUUUUAACUAGAGUUUAUAUUAGUAAUGAAUUAUGUAAGCUACAAAGAAUGUCUAUAAUACAUAAUUACAUAGA